AUGAUAUCGAUCUCAUCGAUUUCAGUUGGUCGAGUAUCACAGACUCGUCUCUUACCUGGAUUAAAGAAUGAGAGUAUUUGGUUGAUCAAUCAAACAAAUGCAAAUAUUUGUCUUUGUAAUGCAUUGAAACUUUAUUCAUUGAAUGCAAUUGCUGGCUUAAAUAGUUUCUUAUUAAAUGCAACUUGUCAGUUAAUUUUGUCACCACCAGUUUUAUCACCGACGAUUGUUUAUGAUACACAAUCUACUCUUAUUCUUCUUCAUCCAUUUACUGAUGCGCCUUGUUGUUCAGAUUUCUCAUGGCUCUUAUCACGUGUACAAGGUUCUCAACGACGAUCGAGUGAUACAGUAUCAUCACCAUCGAUGAUCACGAUAAAUUCAGCCAAUACAUUAGUAUCAACACUUACAGCAAACGGACCACUUGUUCGAUUUGAUCGUAAUAAUCUUAGUUUAGCGGGUACUUAUUCAUUACCGUCUGGUUAUCUUUGUGAAACGGCAUACUAUCGAUCUGGUCGUUUCUUUGUUGGAUGUGAUACACCCACUGCGCUCGUCGUUUUCAAUGAAACAAACAUGACAUCACCAGUAACCGUAAUAAACACAGGAUUAAGAUCACGUUCAGUAGCAUUUGCACGCAAUGACACAGUAAUGUUUGUUGCUGUACAACUUGGAAGCACGCCUGUUAUGAUGUACAACGCUAAUUUGAACACAAAUACCUAUAUAUCUUUGAACACGACAUUUCCGUCUACCUCCAGUUAUCCUUGGGCGAUAAAUACAGUCAAUGAUAGUUUCGUUUUAUUGAGUAACUGGGGUUCUAGUGUUCCUGUCUAUGCAUUAAAAUCAUCGUCCAAUAUAAGUAAUACAUGGUCAAUGGUUGCUUUGAAUUUUACAGAAGUAAGCUCAUCCGAAAACUUAGGCGAUGCAAUUAUCGAUUCAUGUGGUCGUCUUUGGGUGGUUGUCUAUAAUUAUGGAAUACGAAUUUAUGACAAAUCUGCGACUGUUCUUCUAGCCAGUUGGCCAUUGUCAACAGGAUUAGAUGAUAUUUUAUUGCUUGACAGCUAUGAACUAUUUCUGUCAGACUAUGACAAUAGUAAAAUUCUUCAUUUCAAUCCAAAUCUUCAAUGUACAUCAUAA